AUGGGCAACCCCACCAUGUUCUCCUAUGGCCAGCCUUUAGGUUGUGUCUUCUUUGAGCUAUUUGCAGACAAAGUUCCAAAGAUAGCAAAAAACUUUCAUGCUCUGAGCACUGGAGAGAAAGUAUUUGGAUAUAAUGGUUCCACCUUUCAUAGAAUUAUUCCAGGAUUCAUGUGCCAAGGUGGUGACUUCACACACAAUAAUGGCACUGGCAGCAGGGAGAAUUUUGAGAAUGAGAACUUCACCCUGAAGCAUACAGGCCCUGGCAUCUUGCCCAUGGCAAAUGCUGGACCAAACACAAACAGUUCCCAGUGUUUUUGUUUGUUUUGUUUUGUUUUGUUUUGUUUUAUCUGCACCACCAAGACCAACUGGCUGUUCGCCACGCAGGCGACCUUUGGGAAAGUGAAAGAAGGCAUGAACAUUGUGGAAGCCAUGGAGCAUUUUGGGUCCAGGAAUGGCAAUACCGGCAAGAAGAUCACAAUUUCCGAGUGUGGGCAACUCUAA